GGGGCGAGAGCGGUGCAUUGUGGGAAGGCAUGGCACGGUGAAGGCAUAAAGUAUGGCGGAUGGGGAAGAGCCGGAGAAGAAAAGAAGGAGAAUAGAGGAGCUGACUGAGAAAAUGGCAGUGGAUGUCGGCAGCACCGGCGAUUGGGAUGGGCGAUGGAGUCACGUGCAGAAGUUUCUGGAGAGAUCUGGGCCCUUCACACACCCUGAUUUUGAAGCGAGUGAGGAGACACUCCAGUUUUUAUUGGACACAUGCAAGAUCCUGGUGAUUGGAGCUGGUGGUCUUGGAUGUGAGCUUCUAAAGAACCUGGCACUGUCAGGAUUCCGUCAUAUCCACGUCGUAGACAUGGACACCAUUGACGUGUCCAAUCUGAACAGACAGUUCCUCUUCAGGUCAAAAGACGUAGGGCGUCCCAAGGCAGAUGUAGCAGCUGACUUUGUAAACAGCCGAGUUCCUGGAUGUCACGUUGUACCACACUUCAAGAAGAUUCAAGAUUUUGAUGAAUCGUUUUACAGACAAUUCCACAUUAUUGUGUGUGGGUUGGACUCAAUCAUUGCUCGACGCUGGAUGAAUGGAAUGCUGCUGUCACUGCUUGUGUAUGAAGAUGGAGUUUUGGAUCCCAGCUCCAUCAUCCCACUGAUAGAUGGAGGUACAGAAGGAUUUAAAGGGAAUGCGAGAGUUAUCCUGCCUGGAAUGACUGCAUGUAUAGACUGUACACUGGAGCUGUACCCUCCACAGAUUAAUUUCCCCAUGUGCACUAUUGCUUCAAUGCCACGGCUGCCUGAACACUGCAUUGAGUAUGUGAGGAUACUGCAGUGGCCCAAAGAGAAACCAUUUGGAGAUGGUGUAGCUCUGGAUGGUGAUAACCCUGAACACAUUCAGUGGGUGUUUCAGAAGUCUCUGGAGAGAGCGGCUGAAUUUAACAUCACUGGAGUUACUUACAGACUCACUCAAGGAGUGAUAAAACGAAUCAUACCUGCUGUUGCAUCCACUAAUGCAGUCAUUGCUGCUGCUUGUGCUACAGAAGUUUUUAAGAUUGCUACAAGUGCUUAUAUUCCUUUAAAUAAUUAUCUGGUCUUCAAUGAUGUGGAUGGCUUGUAUACUUACACAUUUGAGGCUGAGCGAAAGGAUAAUUGCUCAGCAUGUAGUCAAGUUCCUCAGAAGCUACAGUUUCCUCCCUCUGCUAAACUACAGGAAGUUCUGGAGUAUUUGACUGAGAACGCAUCUCUACAAAUGAAAUCUCCAGCCAUCACUGCAACACUUGAAGGCAAAAAUAAAACACUUUAUUUACAGACUGUUGCCUCAAUUGAAGAAAGAACAAGACCAAAUCUCUGCAAAACCUUGAAAGAGCUGGGAUUGGCUGAUGGGCAGGAGUUAGCUGUGGCUGACGUCACCACACCCCAAACAGUUCUCUUCAAGCUCAACUUCACAUCCUAAACACAACCAGUCCAGCAUCUCAUAUGCCAGACUCUUCCUGAUAGAAUACUGCAGUGAAGGCUCUCUCCACACUUUAUUCAUGUGACUGUCUUUCCUUUAUAGACAAACCCGAUUGAAACAGCUGUUAUUAAUAUUUAAGUCUCUGUUUUAUUGUGUAAAUAAGGCUGAUUCUUGGGGAUGUCCCUUUUGCCGAUCAGAGUCACAGUUUAAUCAACUGGGUAUUCAGUUCCAAUCCUUUUUUUUUUUUUGUGCUUUGUUUUGGCAGCGUGCCCUCUGGUGUCUGCUAGACUGUAUUAAUGGACAUUAUUCACAGCCAGGAGAGAUGAUGAGUGUUCCCAGGAGGGUAACAAAACAGUUUAAAGUCUGCAGUGUGGCAAACCUCUGCCAAUUUGUUCUCUGGUAUUUAAACCAUGGGGAGAAAUGCCCUCGACUUUUGAAUUAGGGUUGUUUAGAAAUGUGUGUGUAUAUAUAUCAUACAACCACUACAUUUUACAUGGGAGUACUUCACAGUUUAUUAGCACUGAAUGAAUAGUUCUGGCUUAUGAACAUACAGUAUAGAAAAUAAGAUAAUUGUGCAUUCACAACAGUGUAAAAUAAUUAUUCCGCCUAUUAUACAAAAAAUCCAAAUACACCAGUUCAGAGUGUGUACCAGUAUACACACAUCAAACAUAAAGCUAUUCAUAAUAGCAAUUCAGCUUUUUCAAAAUAGCUUUUGGCAGAAUGAUCAUGAAGAGCAGUCAAACUGUAUAAUAAAGACAUUUAAGUAAGCCAACAAACCAAUGAAUCGUUUAAGAAUGUAAUGUUUUGAAAAUUGUUUAUUUAAACCAAAAUUAUUUUACCUCAGUAUUCAUUAGCAGCACUGCUUAUAUUGUUUAAUUUGUGUUUCUGUAGAAACACAAGCAUUAGAUUGGAAUGGAAAGGUAUUUGUGAAUACUCUGCAUUUAAGAUGUAUAUUAAUCUGAUUUAAGGGCAAAAACUGGAUUGGGACAUCCCUACAGAUUCUGGAUACACCUGUAAUGUUUAUGUUGUGUGCCUAUUCAGUCACCCAGAAAAAGCUCAUUUGAAGUCUCCUCACAGUUAGAUAUAGUUGUCAGUUGAAGAUAAGAUAACUUCUGUCCCUGUUACUGACCAGUUCCACAAGCCAAGAGCAGCUGAAAGAGAAGAUGCCAGCACAAACAGUAUUCUGCACUGGUGGUACAGAAUUCCCCACUUUUAUAUUAUUAUUAUUUCUGAAUCUCACAGAAAAAUGGUUGGUGUUUUUAUCAGAAACUGUUUUUGCCUGUUCAGAUCUGUUCAAAUGUACAUAUCACUGGUCACUUCUAUGCGCAUCAAUAAACAUGCUGUAAUGCAGACAGUA